AUGGGAGCGUGGUGUUCCGACGCGAGAUAUUGCCAUCAGCCUUGGAGUGUCAACACGCACAGUCCAAAGGUGAUACUAAGAUGGCGGGAAGAAGGUAGUUUGGCAAACAGACGAAGGAGAGGACGACCACGCGUGACAACACCGCAACAAGACGAAGAAAUCAUUGCAGCCUCGACAGCAGACCCCAAGAAGGCAUCUUUAACUAUCACGCGAGAACUGCAUCUCCCUUGCACUCCACAGACAACCAGACGUCGCCUGAGGGAGCGCGAGAUCUGCUGUCAUGUUCCGGCGGUCAAAGAAGAACUAAAGGAAUGGCACCGUGACACUCGUCUUGGUUUUGCUCUACAUCUUGUUGACGAUAUUGAUUUCUGGAAAAAUGUAAUCUUUAGUGACGAAACUCACUUUACGUCGGUGGAGCCCAGAGCAAGGCAUGUCUGCGACGCAUCGGCACAAGAUACGAUGCUCGCAACAUUUAGAGAGAGCCAGGAGCGGGAGGGUGGGGGUUAG